ACAGCCACCCCACAUAACGCUGGCAGACAAAACAAGACAGGAUAGGACAAAGGGGUGCUGCAAGGAGCCUCUGUACAACCACUUCAUGCUUUUCUGAUGCAAAAUUCAGUGGGAUGGCGGAAAAAUUGCCCAGUAUGCCCUGGCUGGCCUGGGUUGGGGGGGGAGGGGAGGAGGAGGAGGAGGAGAAAGGCCGAGGGGCUGCCCAAGCACAACAGCCUGAAGAAGUGGAAACAGUCCAGCCACUGCAGAAAGAUCCACUUGGGGAACUGCCAGAGGAGGAGCACACCCAUGGACUCUUCUACAGAGCCACACAGAUGUUUUCAGACUUCCAUAAGACCACUGAUCAUGAAGACAAGACCACCAUGGUCCUUGAGGGCAUGGCAACCUCCAGCUCCUGCAAAGCAGAGGAUUGUGCUGCCACAGUGGAUAUUAUCAUGGGAAGUGGCAGCUCCCAUUUGAAUAAAGUGCCAACCAUUGUGAGGGACAUUCACCAACAGCUUAUGAAGACCACAUAUAUGUCUCAGGAAGAUAGGCUGAAGAAGACCCUUCAGGAGAUGACAGUUGCACAGCCCCAUGAUGUGGUGGUGACCCUUCUGCACUGCGCCCCAUCGUGUGACAGAGCUGCUGUGACCAUGUGGAAGGCAAUCGUCUCCUCAAGUAGAGCUGCGGAGAAGGUGCUGCCGGAGCUGCUGUGCGUGCUGGAGGACUGGCCGCUGCACAGCACAUCCACCUCUGACAAGGACUACUCAGACAUCUUCUCCCUGGCUGCAACUAUAGCACUGUGGGAGAUCACCCAUCUGCCCCACCAUCCAGAGGCACUGAUGAUGUACUUCCCCCGCCUCUUUGUGGCUCUGCUAUUCCAAAUCUUCUCCAGCACAGCGCAGAUGCCAGUAGAAGUCAAUACCUUCUGGAGGAGAUGCCAGCAGGAGCACUGCCUUCCCACCAACCCCAGCAGAUUCAUAGUGCAGACCAUGAAAUCACUGCUCUGCCAUCUUGAGUAUGAGGAUGUGGUGUCUGAAGUUGAACAUGAGUGUGGCUGGGACACAUUCCUCAACAUUGACAAUCACCAGUAUGCAGUGGGUCUGCUGGCCAGAGCAAUGCUCAGGGUCUCACAGUGCUUGUGUUACCGGAUUGCACGCUACCUGUUCAGGCUGCUCCGCAGAGAGGAGGCUCGCUGGGAAGUCUCUGCCAUGGCAUUCUUUGUUGAGCUCCUGCCUUGCCUAAACAUAAAGGAAUGGGAUGAACGCAUCCUGCAGCUUGUCCCAAUCUACCUCAGGAGAGAUUGCAGAGAGAUGCGUCUCCUGCUGCUCAGAUGCCUCCUAUUGCUCUGCAAGAGACCCUCUAUGGCCAACACUAUCCUGGCCUUGACUGAAAGCCUCACAGAGGUACUGAAGGAUCAGGAUGGAGAGCUGGUGGGCAUGACCCUUUCUGUGCUCAGCGAGGUGCUCCGGGACGCAGACGUGUCAAUUGCCAGUUCCACUGCUGUGCAGCUGGCUGAGGCACUCCUGCCACUAUUUGAGAACGACACUAGCCAUGUGCAGCUCCUGUCCAUUCACCUCUUUCAAGUGCUAAUGGAGUUGGUACCAGAAGAGGAAAAAAAGCUCCUGGAGAAGAAUGUGCACCAGAGCCUGUUACCGCUCUUCUAUCACAUGUAUGAUGAGAACCAGUGUGUGGCGCAGGCCUCUUGGGAAACCCUGCUUCAAGCAACAAAGUUCCUGAAGAAGUGGAAUCUUGAGGAGCUGCUGAAGACAGAAGAGAUGUGGAGGUUCAGCGAGUGCCUGCUGGCAGAGGACAGAAGCAGAGCAGACGAGUACCUGCGCCAGUCCGUGUCAUAUCUGCAUAGCCCACAGAAGUCCAUGCGAGAGGCAGCCAUCAGGCUCACUGCACGUCAAGGCACGACAAAUAACUUUAGCACCUCCAUCUCAAACCUCGCAACUCAAACCCUCCACUUUCUAAGAGCUGUAGAGAGACAUCCUUCCUUCAGAUUCAGGCUGCUGCAAAACCAGCUCCGCAUGGCGUGGAGGAGGCGGCCCUCUCUCUUGGACAAUGGCUGGCCUUCUGUCUGCUACAGUGGUCGGCCACACUGCUGGAGGUCUCUGCAGAGCUAAUCCUGGGAGCUCUGUCUGCUGGGGCCACCUGAGUGUGCAGGAAAUACUAGGUGGCUUCUGGCCUCUCCCGACCCACAGGACAACUCUUCUCUAAGACCAUUUUUCUUUAUUUCUUUUAAGGAAAGUUCUUUUAUGCAAAUAUCAGCACUAGUUAAGGACCUUUUAUCUCAGGCUCCUGCCAUCCAGAGCCCAAUUUGCAGCUUGCAAUGCAGCUGCACACUGACCUAUCUGCACUUAAUGUACUCCUCAACAGUCCUAACUUUGUUUUAAUUGAGCAUACCAGCUAAUACAUUGAAAGGGACAAAAGGAAAGUUUCAAGGCACUUAACCACUGCCCUAACAUCAACAUUAUAACAAGUAACAAACUUAACACAAGGGCAGAAAUGAUUAUCAAUAUAAAAUCACACAGGAUUCUCAAAAUCUGUUACUCAUCAUUCACUACUUGUUAACAUACUGGGACAAGUAUUCAUCUCCAUCCAACAAGCUGGUCUUAACUGGGGUAUAAGUUCACACACAGAACACGUUGAGUUGGAAGGGACCUACAAGGUCCUCAAGUUCAACUCUUAAAUGAAUGACCCAUAUGGGGAUCGAACCUGCAAACUUGGUGUUAUUAGCACCAUCUUCAAAACAACUGAUCUCUUAAUGACAUAUUCAGUUGAUUGAUUAUAUUUGCUGUAAAAUGAGCUCCCCUGUCUGGUUCAAUUGACUUGGUGCCCCUGCUGCAACUGGAUCUGGUUGCAAGAGAUCUCUCAUCAGGUCCGAAUUUCUACAGUACCUCUCCACUAGCUAUUUUCUGGCUCCUAGUUCUCAGUUGCCUCAGUCAGAGACUUAGCCAUUUCUCCUAACUGGGAAUCCCAUAGCUUCAAGAAAACCAGAUGUGGGAGUUUAAUUAUGGCCUCUACUUUUUCUGGAUCUAUCACUCAUUGCCCCUUCCCCAAAAUACAGCCAAAUAUUUAUGUUUCCUUUUGACACAGCUGAAGUUUGGAUGGAGAUGCAUGCUGUUCCCUUUUUGCUAGUGCAAUACAUCUAGUAUACAAGCAUUCUCAUCACAAUUUGCUAAUGAGAAAUCACCUACAUGAACCGAUUGUACAACAGCUGAUACCGAAAUAAAUGUAUACGUAGAAAAAUGUGCUUUUACCAUCAUUACAAGCAAGUAGUAGUCCACAAGAAUCUCAUAUAUAUACAAAAAAUAAAGCAGUGUUUC